UAUUUCAGCAUGUAACGCUGCAAGGUUUGCAUUUUAUGGGUUUAUUUUUGUCUUCAUCACGAUUUCGGAUUUCCGGGGCUGUGGAUAGCAUCAAACAUAAUCUCGGAUAUGGGCCGGUCCGAUGCGGCAGUUGCCACUGCGCCCCAGACUUUUUUCGCCAUGCGGGAGUAAUGCAGGAGAAGAAAGAAAAAGUGUGCCAGCCACAGCACAGGUGGGAGAGGUGAGUGAGAAACACGUCGAAUAGGAUCUCACCUAUUAGCCUUCGCCAUGUAAUGUAAUGUCAUGCAAAGAUUUCGCGGGGAAAGGCAACAACAAUCACAGGCCAUUUGUCGAUGGCGCAGCGCAAAGGAACACCAGCAACUGCCGCGGCUUGCCUUGGCGCAAUAUGUGCUGUUUUAUGCAUUUCCGUUGUAUAUUAACUAUCACGGGCUGGAUAUGCCGGGCGUGCCGUGCAUUAAUUGCCGUUAAACUCUUUCGCCCAGGGGCACCGUUUGACUUUCCCCGCUCGCCAACGGGGGGACAAGACAGGAAACGCCGUUGGCGAUCGUUGGCUAGAUGUUUGUUUUUUCUGCUGACAGGGGGGGGGAUGGGCUCAGCCGUUGCUUUUUACCCAGCCGACAGGGAGAGCAAACAUGUCAGCAUGGGACAAAAAGCAAAAGCACGGUCUGCUGGUUUUUCUCUCCUCCAGGCAGAGACAUGUUUCUCCUCUUGCUCUCGUGGUCAUUGACGCUAUAAAUCUAUAGUACGACUCGUCCAACGCUGCAUCUUUUACGAUUCAAGUCUCUUUGUUCUUACUUAGUCUCGGAAGCGACCGAAUAGCAAGCCAACAACAGAGCGCCAACGAUCGCUGACUCCGUGGCUACUAAAUUACCCCUGGUGUGCUCUCUCCUAGGCUCGUCUUACUGUACGGCCUAUUGCUACGAAUGGAUGCUGCUGGCUUGUUGACGGAUUGAUACAGCACACUAUCUGCUGUGAUUGAUUAUUUUAUUAUAUUUUGAACCGCUACCAUCGUCCUUGUUCUGGUGGAUAGUCGCGUGCCCACUCGUCAGCGGAAACCAAUCCGCGAUAGCCUGGUUAGCAGUCCCAAAUGAUCGAUCUUACGACAUUACCUUCUUGCGCAUUACCAUGUCUGACGGCACAAUGCUCGUCCAACACCACAUGUAUAUGUGACAUAGGCUCCGCGGCAGAUAGCUGCAUCCUCUCGGCAUGUUAUCUUAGCGAGGCGCUCUCUACUCGAGUCCGGCUGGGUAAGGAUUGCCAGACGCCCGCCAGAGACCGCACGAUGGAAUUCAAUCUCUUAGUGUUUAUUGCCGGCUCUAUUACCGUCACCAUUGUCAUUGCACGCCUCAUCUACAAGCAGUUCUUCACUCGCAAGAAGCGUCUUGAGAUGCAAGACUGGGCCAUCUUAAUAGCAGCGAUCCCCGCCAUUGCCUGCAUUGGACUUACAUCGGGUGGACUGACAGCCCAUGGCUUGGGCAGAGACAUCUGGGCUGUGCCCGAAGCUGACCUCUUGUACUUUGGCAGCUACUUUUACGCAGCGCAGAUCCUCUACGUCACCAUUAUCGCCAUCCUGAAGCUGAGUCUCUGCUUCUUCUACCUCAACGUCUUUCCAUGCAGAAUUACACAUAAAAUCUUGUGGGCAACUGUCGUUUUCCACGUCCUCGGCGGUAUUGCAUUUGUUGUCGGCAUCGUAUUUGAGUGCCUGCCCAUCAGUAAUCAGUGGGCGAGAUACGACUUAUCAGCUACAACGCCACAGGAAGCUAAGUGCAUCAGCAUUAAUGCUUUGGGGUGGGCCAAUGCUAUACUCAACGUCGCAUCCGAUCUUUGGCUUCUGCUUGUUCCGCUAUACCAGAUAAAACAGCUAGACCUGCAUUGGAAAAAGAAGAUUGGAGUUACCGUCAUGUUUGGGACAGGAGCUUGUAUAACCGUCAUCUCCUUCCUGCGACUCAAAUCUCUGAUACAGUUUGGAACAACAACCAAUCCAACAUGGGACCAGUGGGACUUGGUGUGGUGGUCUGCAGUCGAGAUAAUUGUCGGCUUUUUAUGCACCAGUCUUCCCACUAUGCGCUUAAUAUUAGUGCGCUUGGCUCCUCGGAUCUUUAGCAACGCAAGGAAUACACCAAGGCGCGAAGUAUGGUCAUCGGCACAUGAUAUAGAAAUAAGCUCGAUAUGCCCACCGUCGCCGGCAAAGUUGAGCAGCGCUAUAUACUACAAAGAUAAUCUUAUUAUUGAUCCGGAAAGGUUUGAGAUCCGGACGCAGCCUCUAGGAGAUGUACCAAGUUUCAAAAAGAUACAUAGUUAGCUCAGUCAACUUCAGAAUGGCAAAUAAAUACAAAACAGUUCAAUUCGUUCAGGUCAAUUAAUUUGACGCUAGUAGAAUGUCUGUGCAUCGGUUGGCUAAUCUAGUUGUUGACAGCACGGCCCUCGUAGAGAAUGUUGAAAUCGUUUUUGUUCUGUACCUCGACGCGCUGUUGUCUCUUUUGGUCCACGACUCUGUCCUGGAUAUCGCCACCGUCAAGGUUUAUCUUGGUUCCUUUCGUGUUGGCUGCUGAGCAGCCUUUCAUCCUGACAGUCUCCAUCCAUAGCCCAGGGUGGCCUUGCGAUUCUUCCACAAUCCACUCGGUCGUUGUGAAACAGAGGGGUCUGCCUUCCUCAGCGGUGGCUGAAUAUGUCUCAUUCUUUCCC